UCACUUCUCAAACCCUACGCAUAUGAAAACGGAACAACCAGAAUACAAACAGAACUUCCAUCAACCAAACACAACAAUGGAUUCUCCACUUCUCCCCGAAGAUAUCCUCCUCGACAUCUUCUCCCGCCUCCCCGUCAACCACGUCCUCCGCCUCAGAUCCCUCUCCGACCACCUCCGCCGCUCCCUCUCCACCCCCCACUUCGCCAGGCUCCACCUCCGCCACCAGCUCCGCCGCCGCCGCCUGGCGAUCUUCGAGUCGCGCGAACCCCCUUACUCCGUCGCAUUCCGCUGCGUCCAUACCGAAGCCCAUUCCGACCAACCCGUUAUCUCCUGGGGCGACGGUUUCAAGUACUCGUAUCCCAACGCCAGAAUUUGGAACUCGUGCGACGGGUUGAUUCUCUUCAGUAUCUCCGACAAGUCUUUCUUUGCUUUCAACCCGUCGACGAGAGAUCGACAACUCCUGUGUCACAUCCCUCCCCUCUGUCUGUCGGAAGAUCGAAAGUACUCCCUCCUCCUAGGGCUUGGUUUCGAUGCCCUUGUUGACGAGUACAAGGUGGUGGGGGCUGUCGUUUAUUGGGACGACUACGGUGAUGAUUCUUUUGUGUUUUGCUCUUCUUUGAACAAUUCUAGGUUGAUCAAUAAGCGCUUCGAAUACGGGGUUGCGGUGGAAUAUUCACCGGGGACGAGUGUGAACGGGGUUCUUUAUUGGCUGGUGGAGCGAUAUGCGGGAAAUUGGGGUUUCGAGGCUAGGCCACCUCCCGUUAUUGUUUACUUCGAUUUCGCAGCAGAGGUGUUUGUUGAGAUGGCGGCCCAACUACCUUACGAGCCUGAUGUGUAUGAAUAUGAUUUGGUGGUUCUGAGAGGGUCUCUUUGCGUUGUUUGCCAUAGGGGGUUGCAGGGUGAGGUGUGGGGAUUGCAGGUUGAGGUGUGGGGAUUGGGAAAGUGUGGUGAUAUGGACGUUUGGGUUAGACUAUUUGUCGUCAUUAAUGGCGAAAGCCUUGUUUUUAGGACUUUGAAGCCAUUUUGUUUCACGGAGGAGGGCGAAGUGAUAAUGGCAGUAGACAGAAAGAGACUAGUGGUGUAUAAUCUCAAAGAAAAAACGCAUAGGUUGUUGUUCUGUCACCCGGAGGUCAAACAGAUAUGGGGGAAACCUGAUGGGUUUGAAGUCGCGGUGUAUGUUGAGAGUCUAGUCUCCCCUCGUAGUGCCUCUGAGGGGUAUGGGGCAAUCACAGAUCAUUCUUCAACAGCUUUCAUGGAUUUGCAGCGGCGGAAGGAGAAUUCAUAAGUAAAUGUGCUCAAAAGAAAAAGAAAUGUAUCCUGUAUUCUUCCAGAAUCACGGCUGCCAAACAUCCCAACAGAAAUCAUCAUUGAAAUCCUCUCUUUCCUACCACCCUAAUCUCUGUUGCGGUUUAUGUGCGUUUGCAAGCAAUGGCGUUCUUCCAUAUCCAAUCCCAAUUUCACUUUGUCAAAUCCAAAGCAACAAAAAGCCAUCUGGUCUAUGGGUGUCAAUAAUUUCAACUUACACUCUCUCGACGAUCAACUUAACUUAACACACCGUCCCAGGCCAAUGCGGACUCCAUACAAACAGUUUCGACAUCAAAAUUGGCUUCAAAUCUUCGGUUCGUGCAAUGGCUUGUUGCUUUUAUACUAUUUCCGAGAUUUGUACUUGUGGAACCCUUCAACAAGGCAAUGCACCAAAGUGCUUUGGCUCCCUGUGCCUUUUUAUGGUGAACAUUUUGUUAGCUCUGGACUCUGUUAUGACUCUUCUACCGACGAUUAUAAGGCAAUCUUUGCCCCACAAAGCGUAGAGGUCAUCGUUGCUAGUUUUAAAACCAAACAAUGUAUCAAGAUAUGCUUCCCUCAUAACACGGUCUUGAAUUCAGGGCCUCUAGUGAAAGAGAGGUUACACUGGUUGGCCAGUCGAUCCAGAAAUAAUAGUCCAAACCCCACAAAAGCCCACCAGAUAUUUUACUUCGAUCCAUUGAAGGAUGAAUUUUUUGAAUUCCCAUCGCCACUACCUCUCAAUGGGGAACACAAUAAUAUAUUGGGUUUGGGAGUUUUGGACAGAUGCCUUUGUUUGGUUCGCUAUUUAGACCCUGAAGGACUUGGUCAUGAACGUGAUGUUGUUUUAUUAGUCAUGAAGGAAUACGGUGUUGGGGAAUCAUGGACUAGUUUGUUUACCAUACCUUGCAUAACGCGUGGGCCAGCUACGUUCAAAGGAUUGGUGAUGGUACCAUUUUGCUUCAGAAAGAAUGGUGAAGUUCUUGUCGCAUUGAACGGAGAGAAAAUCCUUGUGUACGAUCCCGACGAGGAGUUAAAAAGGUACAUUCGGAUACCAAAUAUUGGUUGUAAUGGACAAGUAAUAGUAUACGAGGAAAGUAUGGUUUCACCUGUUGCUUAUCGGGAUGAAGAAGGUUCUACUGAAGGUGAGAGGCGCUGGAAGACGGACACAGACUGAAUCUCGACCUGGUCAGCUUGUAUCUGUUUUGUUCUUUUUUUAAUCACGGCCAGCUUGCUUCUGUUUUGGGCUCUUUGUGCUUUCUUGGGACUGCAUGGUUUUCGUAGUGCCCUUAUAAUGUUUGUUCCGGAGAGUUUUCUUCGUUUGAUAAAAUAUGCAAUGCAAUUUGUCAUC